AUGAAAUUAAGUACUGUAAGAAGCUUAUUUGAGUUUAGAGACACACAAAUAGAGGGGGUUUUAGAGAAUCUUAUUGGCUCAGUAGGUAAAUCGUGUGUGGGCUAUACAAUAUAGGGCAACUCUAAGGACUGGGACUGCCUGAUAUUUGCAUAAUUUGUAAAAGGCAACCAUUAGGGAUGUUUAAAUCAGGGUUUGAUUAGUGGUCAAGUUUCCAUUGCGUAUUAGGGAUUUGCCCAACUUCUUAAGCAGAGGUUUCGGCUUAUAUACAAUCAUUAAUAAUGAAUUAAGAAAAGGACACUUUUUCCAAAAUUUUUGGGAGCGACGUCAUAAUAUUUAAAGUAUUUUAAUUUGUAAUGAUUAUUAGAUUACUUAUAUUACAUACGAUAUUUUUUCAAAGAUCCUCUUGGUGUGUUAAUUCGAAUAGCCAAGUGAAGGUCUAUCGUAAUUUAAAAAUUAUGGAAUUCAAUAAAAUAAAUAAUGCAUUCAAUUAACAAAAAGUCAUUGGGAAGGAGCUCACAUAAGUGGAAUUUUAAGGGUAUUGGAUGCCAAUUUCAGAAUGCCUAGUAUUGGUAGAUUCUAUAAUUAGACUAGUAUAAAUAAUCCAAAAACAUUAUAAAAUCUCAUUGCAAAAUUGCUUUAAAAGAUGUCAGGUCUAGAUAACUAAUUUUAGGAACUCAAUAAAAUAAAAUCUAAAUCUGAGUUUCCUCCUCUAAAUGAUAUAAUUUUCUAUCUUAAUUGGCCAUUGAGUAUCAUCUUCAAUUAUUUGCAUAAUACAUGCCAAUUGGAUUUGCUGUUAGAACAAUUCAAUAACUUAGAUGAUAACAUUAUCUUCAAAUUGAUCAAAUCUUUAAUACAUUACAAAAUGAAGUAAUAAAAUACUUAAUAUAAUAGAAAUUAUAAUAAGAGUUUAUUAGAAUUGAUAAAAUUGUAGGAAUCCAAUAAUUGGUUCAACCUCCCAAAAUACAUAAUGGCAAAUGUUUUUAUUAAAUAAAAUAAUUAUGAGAAGGCUUUUAUUUUAUUAAAAGAUUUAAUAGUGGAAUGUUAUGAGAAUUAAACAAUAUGGAUAACAUUGGUAUAUAAAAUAUGCUGAUAUUUAGUCGAAAAUAUUUCGAAAACAGAAGUUAUUUUAAAUCAGCCUGUUAUUCAUUAAUAGAGCUAUUUCCUUGCCAUUAAAAUAAACAGCAAAAUAAAUAUGGAAUGAAAUGAGUAUUGUCAAUUAUAGAUUGUUGACUCAAAAUAAAAAUUUACAACAGCCUUCGUAGAUGGAUUAGAUUUUUAAAAUUGUGCAUCCUUUGGCAGCAGACAAAAUUGAAAGCUAUGUACAACUUUGUGGAUAUCCAAGCAUAGAAAAUUUACUAGUUAGACCAAGAUUGAGCAAUAAGCGAGAUUAGAAAGUAUUGUCUUAAUUUAUUCGUCCUUAGCAUACAAUAGAAAUGAUGUCGAAGCAUAUCUCAAGACCAGAGUUUAAAGUUAAUUAAUAAACAUAUGAUACUUUGAUGCAUAAUGACCUCUUGGAUAUCGAAAGUGAAUUAUCCUACAUUCUCAACGAAGUUAUUAAGAUUUAAUAUGUUGUGGGAUAUUAAAAAUUAAAGUCUUACAUCAAUUAGUAUUUUUACACUACAGCAAAAGUAGUCUAAAAAUAAAUUGAUUAAAUCUACGAUCCAAGCGAAUUCUAAAUUGCCAUUAAAAAUCAAAGAAACUUGAAUUUAAAUGUUAGUUAGAUUAGCAAUACAAAUGUAUGGAUUUAUUAUUAUGAACCAAGAAAAGUAUGUGCAAUCCAAGAUUACAAGAUGACAUAGAGGACUGUGAUUCUGAUGAAGAGUAGCCUGAGUUUUUGAAAAAACAAAAAGUUAAUAAAUCUUUUGAUUUUACAAACAUAGGUCCUCGAAUGUAUUAGACUCCUCAACAUAAUAAUAAUAAGGGUGCAAAAUCACCUUUAAAAUUUACAAGCAUGAAAAAGAAAUAAUAAUAAAUCAAGAAAGCAAACACAAUAAUAAUUGAAAAUGCUUUUGAAAGUGUUGAAUCAGAAAGGUAAAACAAAUAAUUCAUUACCAUUGUAAACAGAGUUAAUAUCUAACAAAAUGAAAUGAUCUCCUAGGCCCCUAAAUCAGGUUAAGAUGUCCAACCAUAGAAAUCAUUUAUAUAUGGUUUGGUCUCUUACUUGAAUUAAAAUCUAAAUCAAUAGGAAUAAGUGUUGAUGAAUGAAUAAUUGAAAAGGAGGAAGGAACAAGUGAAUAGUUUACUAUAAGGAAUGGUGGAAACCAUUAAUCGAAUAUAAAUUGAAUUAGAUUAACUGUUUUACCCCUCUCAAGAUUCAAAUAAAUAACAGAAUAAUUAAUAAAACUCCCAACUAAAUUCAACAAAUAACUAACAGCCAGUAAACACGUCUUCCUCUCAGUUGUUCAAGUCAAAUUUAAAGAAGGCUUUGCAAACUAAACAACAUUUGGGUGGAUAAAUAGAAUUAAAGGAUUUUUACAUUGUACAACCUUUAAACGAAGAAGAACAGGACAAAGAGAAAACCUAUAUCACUUUUAUUAAGGCUGAAUCAAUGUUUUUAUAUAAAUGUGCUCGUCUGGCAUAAAAAUUAAAGAGGAACGAUUUAUGCUUCUCAAUCCUUUAGCGAUUGAAUAGCAGAAUUAUAUCUGUGUAAAUAACUGCACUGUUCUUUAAUAUAAUAAAAGACAAUAACAAAUUAUUGAUUAGACAGUAAUUAUUUGUUUAAGUUUAUUUAUAGAAUCCAAAAGAUGUUGGCUGACUUUUAGGACUGCGGAAUCAGCCAGGUUGGAUUUGUGCCAUUGUGGUUGGAAAUGAGAAUAGUAAAGAUGACGAAGUAAUAUGGUGCUAAUCAAAUACUUGCUUUAUUAUCUUCAUCCGAGAGUGACUUCACUUUUUAUUUAAUUAAAAAGAUCAUUCUAACAACUGACAAUUUAAUUUGA